CACAGUAACCACAUAUCGUCCCAAGCCAAUCCGUUCCAUUCGAUUCCCGCUCAGUUUCCUUUUUCGAAUUACAAACUCAAAACUCACCUCUCCAGAGUUGCAGUCUCCCCUCUAUUCCGAUUCGACCGAGUCAACACUCGGCCCAAUCUCAAUCCCAUAGAAACAAAGCAAAUGUCUCUCCUAACUCUCCCUUCGGAUCCGCUGGAGGCCUAUUCGGGUCUCGCGCUGUUCCCUCGGACCUUCGCUUCCUUUCCAAACCCUCCGCCACCUCAUCACCCCGACAAUCUUCAGCACUCUCACGAUUUUCUCAAAGCCAUGCCAGUGCAAAGUCCUAAUAAGCUUAUGCAGCAAGCAAAAGCAAUUGUAGAUAAUAAUAGUUCAGAGCUCUUGAACUUGGAUAUGUCAAAUUCCUAUGCUGAAAUUAUGGAAAAUCCUCGAGAGCGCAGACCGGCUUUAGGCCGUAAACGACCUCGUUUCUCUUUGAAACCCAACUCAAGUCAGCCUACUGUGAAAUGGGAACCGAGCUUAGACAUUGAUAAAUUGGAAGAUCCCGAGGAAUUCUUUGUGGCAUUUGAAAGGGCUGAAAAUGCCAAAAGAGAAAUAGAGAAGCAGACGGGUACUGCUCUGAUGGAUUUGGAUCAGAAUAUUCAGUCCAUGUUUACAAGACCUCGUCGUCCUGGAAUGUUGCGGAGAUCGGUUAAUUAUAAACAUCGCUAUUAUACUGCUUUCUCCCCUGUAGAAAGCUUUGAAGAGGAAAUUCGCAGUCCAAUUUGCAAUUCGAGAUCAGAAAAUUCUGACCUGAAUGUUGAAUUGCAAGACACGGAAUUGAGUGUGGCCAAUGCAGAGAACAAGGCUAGUGAACUUCUGGACCACUUGCUUACCAGUAAUUGUGAUGGGGAUGACACAAUCAAUCUUCUCCAAGAGAGGUUGCAGAUUAAACCUGUUGACCUGGAGAAUAUAUGCCUUCCUGACUUUCAAGAUAUUCGAAAGAUAGAUUUGAAGGCUUCUAGAGAAAGCUUGGUCAAGCCUAAAAACUUGCUAUCAGACAUACAAAGUUUGAUGAAAGGGUUCAAAUAAAAGGACACCGAAACAAA